AUGGAUCUCUCCAUGAUUCUAAGCCCCGCUGUCGAAGAGGAAACGACUAAUCCGCGUGCCCCUGCUUCAUGUGAACAUGGCCGUAAUUGGAGCUCUGAUGAGCUCCAAUGUGCCGUGGCGAUCCUUCAGGACUUUCAACAGCCUACUAUUGCGUCACUUCCAACAGUACAGGAUCCUACGCGAGAUGAUAGCGGCCCUAAGCAAACGCGCUUUUAUCCUGGACACGAACAAGAGUGUAAACAGGAAAAGAAUGACAAUAACAUAACGUCACAAAGACAUCGUCCCAAUGACGAAGUCUUUGCAGUGAGUGGUCGAGAAGUUCAAAAGAAUAAGAGUGAAGGAGAUGUACAGCAGCAGAACUCGGCUAGUGGAGUGUGGGGAGAUGAUAGCAUGUCUAAACUAGACCUUCUGGUUCAAGCAGACGAAAUUAUCAAGCAACGUCGUCCGAACUCGUCAAUGACUCACCCAGGUGACAAGACACAAUACUUGCGCAGCGGUGUGUGGUCUCGGUCGGAAGAAGAGUAUGCUGCAGCGCUCGUGUCGUAUUUCCUUCAAGGACUACUGGAUCUAGCUGAGGGCACGACACUCCGCAGAUUCUUGGCCGAUGAGCUAUGCUGUAGCCGCCGACGUGUGUCGAUGAAGUUAGCAACGGAAUCGCUCGCGGGUCAAAAGAUUCCACGCAAGCUGGGAGCCUCUGCGUUUAUAGCUGCUCAGCGUCCACCGAGUGAGGACAGUCGUCUGAAAGUCAAACGUGUGCUCGAAAAACUUCGAGAAGCCAAUUUCAGCUCUAGUCCCGAAGGUGGUCGCUAUCACAGCCUCGAUACGGACAAGAGCCAUUCAUUUCGCAGACUUUUUGACCCGGAUGAAGCUGACGGUGAAGAUCGCGCGUUCAACCUCCAUCAUGGCCAAAUGAGAAGGUCCGUACGUACUGGACGUACGACCAAGCGCAGCAAGCCCACUAUCAUCCGCACAGGCUUCGAGUCUCCCGAGGAAGAAGAGUAUGUUACGACGAUGGUCGAGUUUUUCAUGGCUGGCCUUUUGGAUUUGCCUGAAGGCACAAGGCUCGUACGUUAUUUGUGUCAACAGCUAGCCUGCACGCCAAAAGAGUUGUCCAUGAAGAUGGCGCCGCAAUACAUGGGUGAACACAAGUUUCCGGCCAACGUUGGAUCGAUUACGUAUAUGCGCAAAGAAUCAGACAUUUCAUCAUCAUCCAAUUUGGAAAAAGACGCCUUUUCCGAGGAACUUUUUGAAGUAGAAAGCCGUCUAACCGAGUUGCGGCUAGCUUAUGAAGAGACGCACAAGGACACUCUUCGUUCAACAGUGACGAUCACAAAGCGUGAGCGCAACUCCAGUACAGCCAGCGUGUCCAGUACAGGAACAGCUAGUGUAGCCAGUACGCCUGACGCAAGCCCUGUGCGCUCUUUCCAGCGCAGCGGCCCGUGGUCUCAUGAUGAAGAGGUCUAUGCUGCGGCAUUGAUCGAUUGUUUUUUCAAAGGAGUACUGGAUAUUGCCGAGGGCACUACACUUCGUGCUUUUCUGUCGUCACGACUGUGCUGCAAUCCCAUGCGCAUUUCCAAGAAACUUUCGAGUGAGUCUAUUGCCAAGAUUCGUAUUCCCAAGAAGCUAGGCUCCUCCACUUAUGCUCUCCGUGCCGAGGUGACGCCUGAAGAGCAAGCCAAGACAGAGGAAACAUUGCGAAACUUGCAGCAUACGUACCUGCAUUCAAGCUCUAAAAAGCGUGGCUCUUUACUGGGUUCAAAACGUCCGCGGUCAUCUAUGAAAAGAAAUACCUCUUGCUCGCACGCAGCAGCAAGAGGUGGCACGGACUCGGAUGCCACCGAAUCCGACUCAAACACUCGAAGUGCAGGAGGAUCCAUAAGGUCUGAGACGAAACUCCAAAAGACAGAGGAAGCGCAUAGUCAGCAGUUUCAAGGACUCAACGCUGUCCAGAAACAAUGA